UGUGGCUAUUUUGAGACUGCGCGCGCAGUGCCUGGGCCUCAGCGGCGAUGGUGGGUUCGGGCGGUGUCCGCGCUGCUGCCGCGGCCCUGACCCUCGGGAUCCUGGCGUCGCUGCUCUUCCCGCAGAUGAGGAGCGGCUUCCAGCUGCUCCGCUGCCGGCUGUUGGGGGGCGAGGUUCAAGGCCACAUCUCCGGCCUCAGCCUGGCCCACAGCGGCCUGGAUUUCACACAACUAUCCGACACCUUGGCCUUUACACACGAGCCGUCGCCAGAAGUGCAGUUGGAAGCUAAAGCUGCUCUACACCAGGCCCUGGAAAUGAAGCGUCUGGGGAAACGGGAGAAGGCACACAGACUGUUCUUGCAUUCCCUCAAUAUGGAUCCUAAUUAUGUUGAUGCCUUAAAUGAGUUGGGUAUUUUUUUGGAAGAGAACAGGGAUGUUAUUCAGGCAGACCAUUUAUACUCAAAAGCCUUGACUAUCUCUCCAUGCAAUGAGAAAGCGCUGGUAAACCGAGACAGAACAUUACCACUGGUCGAUGAAAUUGACCAAAGACAAUUUAGUGUUCUUGACAGCAAAGUUAAAAGGAUUCUGGCUAUACCCAAAUGGAAUGCGGCAUUGUGUCGUGUGAUGGAAGAGAGUUAUUAUCACUAUAUUUAUCAUACUGUGGCUAUUGAAGGAAACACAUUAACCCUGUCCGAGAUCAGGCACAUCAUAGAAACUAGGUACGCGGUGCCUGGGAAGAGUCUGGUGGAACAGAAUGAAGUGAUCGGUGUAGAUGCAGCCAUGAAAUAUAUUAACAAGUCUCUCAUGUCCAGGAUUGGAUCAGUUAAUAUCAAUGACAUUUUAGAAAUUCAUAGAAGAGUAUUGGGUUAUGUAGACCCUGUUGAAGCUGGAAGGUUUCGAACAAAUCAGGUGUUUGUCGGUCACCAUAUCCCUCCUCACCCCAGGGAUGUGGAGAAACACAUGGAGGAAUUGGUACAAUGGCUAAAUUCUGAAGAAGCCACGAAUCUUCAUCCUGUAGAAUUUGCAGCCCUUGCACAUUAUAAGCUUGUUUACAUACACCCCUUUGUAGAUGGGAAUGGAAGGACAUCACGUUUACUGAUGAAUGUUAUUCUAAUGCAGGCUGGUUACCCACCCAUUACCAUUCGUAAAGAGCAGCGUUCUGAGUAUUACAGUGCAUUGGACUUGGCCAAUGAAGGGGAUGUAAAACCAUUUAUUAGGUUUAUUGGAAAAUGCACGGAAAUGACACUGGACUUGUUGAUCAUUGCAACCACUGAUCACUCAGUUGAUAAAGGUUUACCUGAAGCCAAUCCAAAUCAUUCAGAUUACACACAGACCAUUCUGGUUACAAAUUAAUCAUCUCAUUACAUCAUGUUUCCUUCUGAAGUCUUAACAGUCUAAUUUUGAAAAAUAGCACAGUAUUCCCCAAAGAAUUUUGCUGGACCCAUUGAGCAAAUUGAAGUUGAAAUCCUUAGUGAUAACUAAAAUAUAUAUUCCAAAGGGUGAAGUGAGCAGCACAUGUAUGAUUGCUUUCUUGAUCAAAUUAGCAGAUUUUUCAAUGAACAAAGACCAACACAAUCAAAUAUUGUAUCUCUUUGUUUUGUAUAUGGUGACUUGGUAAAUUCCUCAACUUCUUACGUUGAGUUCUGACAUCAGAUAAUGUGGCACUGUGUUACGUCACGUACCCAGGAAUUCCAAUGCUACUAGUCUGAACGAAACAAGCAUUCUGAUCAGAAUCUUUAAAUCCAAUUUGUUGAUGUACUUGUGACUCUAAUGCUUUUUGUAACAUUGUUUCUCAAGUGUGAAUCCUCUGCAGCAUCUGAUCCGCUCACAUUUGCUCAUCUGUUACCUAUAUUAUAUACAGACUGUUUGCUCAAAACCACAAUGAUGCAUCACAGUGAUGUCGAGUUCUGGCUCUUUGUUCUGUUCCACAUUAAAAUUUAAUUGCAUUUUGAAUUUA